GGUCAGGACUACGUUUCCCAGCAGCUCCUCCCGGGGCUGCACAUGCUCGGUGCGGCUCCCGGCGACUCCCGGCAGCUCCCGGCGCGGCGCCCGGUGUGGCGCAGGGACGCUCGGUGCGGCUCCCGGCGCGACCGCCGGUGUGGGCUCCCGGUGGUCCCCGGUGCAGCUCCCGGUGCGCAUCCCCGCGGCCCCCGGUGCAGCUCCCGGUGCGCAUCCCCGCGGCCCCCGGUGCAGCUCCCGGUGCGCAUCCCCGCGGCCCCCGGUGCAGCUCCCGGUGCGCAUCCCCGCGGCCCCCGGUGCAGCUCCCGGUGCGCAUCCCCGCGGCCCCCGGUGCAGCUCCCGGUGCGCAUCCCCGCGGCCCCCGGUGCAGCUCCCGGUGCGCAUCCUCGCGGCCCCCGGUGCAGCUCCCGGUGCGCAUCCCCGCGGCUCCCGGUGCAGCUCCCGGUGCGCAUCCCCGCGGCUCCCGGUGCAGCUCCCGGUGCGCAUCCCCGCGGCCCCCGGUGCAGCUCCCGGUGCGCAUCCCCGCGGCCCCCGGUGCAGCUCCCGGUGCGCAUCCCCGCGGCCCCCGGUGCAGCUCCCGGUGCGCAUCCUCGCGGCCCCCGGUGCAGCUCCCGGUGCGCAUCCUCGCGGCCCCCGGUGCAGCUCCCGGUGCGCAUCCCCGCGGCCCCCGGUGCAGCUCCCGGUGCGCAUCCUCGCGGCCCCCGGUGCAGCUCCCGGUGCGCAUCCCCGCGGCCCCCGGUGCAGCUCCCGGUGCGCAUCCCCGCGGCCCCCGGUGCAGCUCCCGACUCCCGGUCGCGCCCUCGGGAGCGCACGGCAGAGCCCUGGGGCUGAGCCCUGCCCAUCCCAGCCUCACCACCGGCCCCAGGGCCGAGCUUUUCCCCCCCGACGCUCACCCUCGCCCCCCCUCCCCUUCCCCGGCAGCAUGCCCCGUGGGCGAGCCUGGUCGCAGGCGGAGGUCAGCAGCCUCCUGGCACUGGUGGGGGGCUCAGGGGAGGCCGCCCUGCUCAUGGCCUCCACGUCACGACCCAACGAGGCCCUGUGGCGGGACAUCUCCCGGGGGUUGGCGGCGGCCGGCUACGGGCGCAGCGUGGCCCAGUGCCGCUCCAAGUGGAAGGCGCUCAAGCAGGCUUUCCACUCGGAGCGGGAGACGCGCCGGAGGGCAGGACACCACUCGUCCCGCCUGCCCCCGCACUACCGAGCGAUGAAGAGCAUCUGGAAGGCGGCGGGGCGGCCCGUCUUCGGUGAGCGGAGGAUGCCAGACCUGGUGAAGCCUCCCCCAAGGAAGCGCAGGUCAGCCCUUGCCGCCCGCUCUCCAUCCUCACCAGAGCCGCCAGAGCACGAUGUUGGUGGGGACACCCCGGGCACGCUGCUGUCCCCGCUGCUGCGGUGUGCGAAGGACGAGCCAGAGAGCCGUCCCGUCAGACGACGCAUCUCUCCUCUCUGCUCUCUCCCAGCAGCCGGUGGGGACCACAUUGCUGGAGUGCUGCCUGCUGCCCCUGCCAUGCCACAUACCGAUCGCGGUUUCCCAUCCCUUCCCCUCCUGGGCUGUCACACUACCCUGAAGCAGGAAAGAGCUGAGGAAAAGGCUGGUUUUCCUGGUGAGUCAUCCCCAGGGACAGGAAGAGGAAACCAAGUGGUGUCAGUGGCCACCGCAGCCCUGGGCUCCCCUGGGACGGCUGCCAUGAGCGAGCAGCCAACAGCGGGUGAAGAGGUGUCGGAUACGAGCCUGCACGGCUCCAGCGUGGCAGGUUUGCUCCAGAGCGUCCAGCAGCUACUGGUGCAGAUCCUGCAGACAUCGCGGCAGCAGCAGGCACUGCUGGAGAGCCUGGCCAGCGACACCAUCUCCCACCUCCAUCUCCUCUCCCACAGCCUGGUGCAGGUGGGCGAGACCCUGCAUCAGCUCCUGCUUCGGCCACAGACCCACCCUGGCCUCCUCGACCACUACACCCCCCACAUGCCACUUUUUGAGGGUGGCCCUGGGGUGCCCUGCUCCCCCAGCACUCCUCACACCUCCCCAGAUCACAAAGAGGAGCCUCAGGUGUCCCCUGCCACUGACUGCAUCCCCCCGUGAGUGCCACCAUCCCCAGCCCCAGGGGUGAUGGCUUUGCUAUGCAGCUGUGGCACAAAUCUUUAUAGCAGAGGCCCCAGAUAUUUUGGAAAUUUAUAGAAGAGAGACGUUUUAAUAAAAUUAAAAAUAGCUUUUGUACCAGCAA